AUGGCGAGCCCUGCAAACAAACUGGACAUGGUCUCGCCUGUCGCCGCUGGACUGCCCCCGAAGGGCUUCCAUUCCAUGAAGACCCCCGACGGUGAGGACAUCGAGGGCGGCGCCCUGCGCGCCGGUGGUGCCAUCAACGUCUGGAGCCGCGAGUACAUCGGCAUCAUCGUGCAGUACGCGGCUGUCGGCAUGAUCUACGGCACGCUGCCCGGCACCGUGUACCCGUUCCUGUUCAACUACCUCAACAUGGAGAGCACGCAGGUGGUGUCCGCCACGGUGCUGCUCAACCUGCCGUGGUCGUUCAAGCUCUUCUACGGAAUGAUCACGGACUGCGUCCCCAUCUUCGGCUACCGUCGUCGCCCCUUCAUGAUCAUCGGCUGGACGCUCUGCUUCAUCAUGCUGCUGGUCAUGGCCUGCAUGAAGGCCGGAGACCCGUACUACCCGGAGUACGCCUACGCCUCGAUGAACGUCACGACGCUGUCCCCCGAGAUCGUCGCCACCUUCAACACGGACGCCCCCUCCACGGGCAGCAAGUUCAUCGUGCUCAUGAUGCUGGCGGCCAUCGGUUACGUCGGUGCCGAUGUAGCGGCUGACGCUAUGAUGGUCGAAGUCGCUCAGCGCGAGCCUGAGGCCACGCGCGGCUACACGCAGACGACGAUCUACAUGGUCCGCACGGUGUUCGUGACCAUCUCCAGCAUCCUCACGGGUUUCGCCUUCAACGGCACCCACUACGGUGGGGACUUUAACUUCUCGCUGAGCUUCCCGCAGCUCAUGAUCAUCCUGACCGUCCUGUGUCUGCCUGUGAUGCCCCUCACGUGGUAUUUCAUCAAGGAGGAGAAGCACGAAGGCAUGGUCUUCAGCAAGUACCUGAGCGAGCUCUGGGGGCUCGUGCAGACGCGCCCUAUGUACCAGGUCAUCGCGUACAAGUUCUUCUCGGGCAUCUUCGAGAACUUCACCAUCACGUCGUCUUCGGCCAUGCAGGCCUACUGGGCCGGUGUGACCCCGCUGAACGAGAAGAUCCUGGCCAUUAUCGGCAACGGCAUCUUCGCGCUCACGCUCUACUUCACGGGCAAGUACGGCCUCCAGUGGAACUGGCGAUGGAUGCACGCCACGAUGAUUAUCGCGGUGACGGUGCUGGACGCCAUUGUGACGUUCCUCACGACCUGGGACGUCAUUCGCAACCAGUGGUUCUGGCUGGGCGUCCCCGUCGUGGAGAACCUCCCGAGCGGCAUGGCGUUCGUCAUCGGUACGUACGUGGUGGUGGAGCUGGCGGGUGAGGGCAACGAGGGCGCGGUCACCAUCACCAAGAACGUCGACGGCGCCUUCGACGUGGCCAACAAGGACAUCGCGAGCGACACCAACCACGUGCGCUGGGAGGUGACGUACAUCCUGAUCAUCCGCUACGCCAUGAACCUGAUCGGCCUACUCUUCCUGCCGCUGCUGCCCAAGCAGAAGGCCGAGACCAACGAGCUCAAGCGCAACGGAGGCUCGAGCCGCAUCCUGGGCUUCGCGACGCUGGCCUACUGCGCCUUCGCCCUCGUGUGGUCCACCAUGGUCAACAUCAUGUCCAUCUACCCGUCCACCUCGUGCCUGCGCAUCGUGGGCGGCACUGGCUGCUAG